GCGUGAUUAUACCCCGCUGCGAAAAAACCGUCGUUACGUUUUGCGUCGCGUCUACCGUCGUGACUGGUCUCGCUGGCUAAGCGAGGAAGCGAAUUUCAGCUGUCCCGGAGGGUUGCCCGACGCGUCGCGUCGUGCACGUAGGUCACGUCAACCAGGUUCUCCCCCCCCCCCCCCGGAUUCACAGCUGAAGGUAGCGGCCGGCGAGAGCGAACGGGCGGGUGAAACUGCGUUUUCGGAGAGGACGAGGAGUCCGUGGUAUACCGGGAUCGGGACGACUCAGGAUCGAGAUGGCGAGGCUAGUGAAUGUCUGGCGGGACAACGUUCCGAUGGAGCUGGCGAGCAAGCAAAUGCCGCUGAUCGUCGACGAAAACCUGACGAUGAUCAUGGAUAUAAGUAGUUUGGGUGCUAUUUGUGAGAAUCCCUUGAUCAAUGGUAAACAGUUGGAGGAGUUUAUGAAGAAAUUUGCUGUGCUUACAGUAGAGGAAAUCAAAACAUCCCUUGAAGUUACUUGCAAGAAAAUAAUUGACAUUUUGAAUGAGGCUGAACCAUGUGUAGGUUGCCGCAGAAGUGUCGAAAGAUUGUUCUACGAUCUGAUGAAAUCUGGACAUCCUGCAUUAGAUCCGCUGGUAAUCACUCGCAAUGGUGUGCUUUCAGUAAAAGAUGAUGUUUUGAAAUCACCUCAACAGCUCUGUACGCUGUUGCAUGGACAUAGCGCUAGGUUAAAUAAUUUAAUGGAGAAACAACAGAGAAAUAGAAAAUCUCGACGAUGCGUAUUGCAUACUUUGGAAAUUCAGCGGUUGCCGCCAAUAUGGAACUCCUGGAGGGAAGUGUGGGACUGCAUGGAGCUACCGUGCAAGCAGGAAUUAACUUUAAUAGAGACCGAUACGCUUGAUGAAGCUUUAGAUACUUAUCUACGUAAACAUAGGUUUUGUGCUGAGUGUCGCAACAAGGUGCUACUGGCGUCGUCUCUUCUGACACGUGAACCCGAUCCUACAAAAGAAAAAGGUUACGUGGCGGUUUUGUAUAACGAAAUUAGGCGUUGCAUACCCAAACAUCAUGUUCAUUUACCACAUCGCACGGAAUAUAUGACUACUCUCCUUAAUCGCGCGCAGCCAUGGGCACUCAUGGGAAGAGAGCGCCACGCGAAAACGCUGGAAAUUGCUCAAGAAGAAGUACUUACGUGUUUAGGCAUAUGCAUCGCGGAACGACUGCACAGAAUACAUCGACGAAUGAAAGAGGAGGAAACUGUAUGUAAAGUGUUAGCUGCUGUUGCGGUAGAUGCAUUGUCUAGAAACUUUCGGUCGGCGGUUGAAGCAAAACAAGGUAUUUCUCAGCUGGAAUUAUUGUAUAAAGAAUUCACGAGAGAAGAGAUAGCGAAACAGAACAAGCGUGAAAAAUUACGUCUUAAACGCAAGAAGAAGAAGGGACGCCGUAACGAAAUUGAAGAGAAAGAAAACUCUUGUGAUUGUUCAAGUGAGAGGCAAAGCGAAUCCCCCUGUACCUGUGCGGAAUCAAAGCCAACGACGAAAAACAUUAACCGGCAUAAGUUGCAGAUCCUAGAUCCAAAAAAUAAAGGGCCGCCGACGUGUAAAUGUUCCGAUUGUUUAAAGAAACUAAAAACAAGUAGUAUAUCACAAUCACAAAGUAAGACAGAACUAUCAAUCUCUAUGAAAAAGAGUUUACAAAAAGGUAAAAAAGACAUCUCCGGAACAAAGAAAAAAUCUAAUACAAGUCAAUCAAAGCAAAAUAGUACGCCUUGCAAACAAUUAUCUCAGGAGUAUUCAUCCGAUAUUUGCGAUUCGUGUAAGGAGAGUGAAAAAGCUGAUGAGAGUCAAUGGCGUUACAAUUGUAAAGAUUCUGUAACUAACGAGUUGGUAGACGCUUGGAUAACGGAACCUAGCGAAACCAAAUACAAUAUGUGGAUAGAGAUGAAACUUCAUUCCCCGAGCGAGCGAUUGUCUCAAGAUUGCGGAUACUCUUCCGAGCACAAUAUCAGCAGUUCUUCUCUUCCUAGCACACCGGAAGGUUCUGAAGUAGCCUGCAACGACGAAUGGUGUGAUCAUGAAGGGACUUGUCAUGAUAAACUUAAUCAUUCCAAUUCUAGCCUCUCUUUAUUGCAAGAGCGUGGCCCAACACUUACACAAAUGUUGAAGGAAUCCUAUUUUUCUGAUGAUGAUGAGAAGGAGAGUUAUAUUCCAGUGGAGGAAGUAUUAGAAUUUAAGUCGAGAGUAUGUCAACUCACGGAAAAGCGGCUGAAACUUCGGCAAACGCUUAGAGAACGUUUUGACAUGUUGUGCAGCCAUCAAAAACCACUUAACAUUCAGUAAGAAUUGCUAGCUAUGGUAAUAUACCAUCCAUCCUUCUUUUUUUUUUUACUUUGAUUUACUCAGUAGUGAGAUAUGAAUACAUUAGAUGUAUUUUGAAGAAAUUGUUAUCAUUCGAAGUCAACCUUUCGAUGUGAAUAAAAUGCUGAAUAUAUGUAUAUCAAAAAACAAAAAAAACAUAAUAAUGCUAUUUAUCUCUAUAGAUAAAACGAUUGCGGACCGAUUGUUUCAACUUCUUGGUAAACUUACCUAUCGGGUAAACAUGUGGCUAUCUUUCUUUUUAAAUAAAUAAGGAGAAAUAUGUACCUAUCGGAUAAAGUUUAAUAAAUUGAAACACUCGGCUCUGCAUCAGAUAAGUAAAAAAUAUUGAGGGGAAAUAGUUUCAUAACAGCUGAAAAAUAACAUCGACUUCGAGAAAAGUGCAGAAUACACAACGCACAUUGUGGUAUCAUAAAACUAGUAUACGGAGCAACUUGAACAUUACUGUAUAUCUUGAAAUUGAUUGUAUAAAUCUUUGCAAGUUAAGUGAAUAACAAAUAGAUAUCUUGAAUGAACAUGCCUUGGCCGUGAAAAUAUGGCAAAUCCCCGAUUCCGCGGUUGUUAAAGACAGAUUUUUCAGUGAUCUUUGAAAAGUAUUGUAUUUUCUUGAAAGUUUUUGUUUUUAAGAUUGUUUACGCGGCGAUAUAACUAUGACAAAUUCGUAUCAAUGUUGUAACAAACAGAGAUGCGAUAUGUAAUAUUGUCGGAAUCUUAAUAUUAAAAUCAAUGUUGCAUUCCAUUAUAAUAUAUAUACAUAUAUUUUAUUAUUCCUCUUUGUGUAACCUUCAUUACACACGCACUGUAAAAAUAUUCUAUAAAAAGAAUUAUUGUCGUAAAUCGUACGCAUAUAUUGUAUGUUGCAUAAGAGUUAUUAAAAAUAUUUAAGCCGC